UCUUCCUGCCGCAAGCUCUGCCUACUCCGAACUUCUCACUGUGCUGAUAGGUUCGAGCGCAGCCAAUGAGCCCUUUCCAAAGAUGACGUCAUUUAAAGUGGCUCGUUGUCACAGCAACCAGAAAGCAAGCGCCGUCUAGGAAAGGUGCAGAGAUGUAUAAAGUGGACAUUCAGGCCGAUACAAAAGAUGCAGCUGCCAUUGAAGCCCGCAGGAAUCGGGAGAAACAAAGACAGAGCCGCAUUUUUAAUGCUCGCUACUGCAAAAUGGGGGUGGAUGUUGAAGGCUUGAAAAGACAAGUGGAAGAACGAAAUCUCAGAAACGAGGCAGAGAAACAACGAGAUGAAGCUUUUGAUGCAUACAGGGUCCAGUAUGACAAGAUUGCACAGAUGUUGGAGGAAGAGGAGUGUCAACGUAGAAAGCAACUGAACCAGGCCAUGGUGGGGUUUUGGGAGCGUGAGCAGCAGCCUUUCAUGCGUCGAGAGUGGGACAUCCAUGACCCUGAUGCAGCCCGCAAAGACUUCCCAGCCCGUGUGAGCGAUGAUGACCCUCGUUGUGGACCGUCCAGCAUGCAGCGCUUUGCUGGGGAGGACCUGAAUGCUCAAGCCAAGAACAAACUGCAGAAGGAGCUAAAUAAACUCACCUUGGGACAUCAGAUAAGUCAACGGGAAAAGGAACUUAAUGACCAAAAAUAUGCAGAUACCCUGGAUGACAAAAAAAGGAUAGAGCUGGAUCUGCGAGCCCUGGAGUUGACACGUUUGGAGGAAGAAUGCCGCAAGGCCAAGGCCAUGGCAGUAGCAGACUUUAAUAGAGCCCAGGCUGCUGAGAUUGCUGAGCAGCAGUGCUUAGCCCACCAGCGGGAGCAGGAUGACAACUUUACAGAGAUCCACAACCAUCUGACCAGUAACAUCCUAAUGGAAAAUCCUGACUUAGCCCAAAGUACGAUGGGGUCACACCGCGUGAUCACCAGUUCCUGGAAGGGAAUGACCCGUGCCCAACUGGAAGCUGUGCUGAAGACACAGGCAGAGCAGUGCAAGGAGAACCAGAGGCUACGGGAAGAAGAGCGGCAGCGGGAUGCCGAGUGGGAUCGACAGCGGCAUUUGGCCGAUCGUGCUGCCAUGGAAAUGGACGCUCAGGAGCAGACUUUUCGCCAGCAGCUGAGGAAGGACCUGGAUGGCUACAACCUGGAGCUGGCGGAGGCACAGAAGGCAAACUUACAGUAUCUGGAGAAAGAAGUCUACACCAACACACCUACAGCCCACUAUUAUUUGCAGUUUAACACUAGCAGCCGCUGACUGGAGCAUAUGCAGAUGUUGUUUACAGAAGUGAAGUCUCUAGAAUCAAUAAAGGUAUUUUAAUAGACAAAGAGAGCCCUCUGGUGGCUG